AAGUUCCAAGGUGGAGAGGCAUCGAACGACUGCUCAUCCUGAACGACAAAUUGCAGAGGCGUCACACGACGCCUACGUUGCUCUCGAGCCCCAAGGGGUCGAGGAUGAGUCCGAAGGGGCCGGGCCAGGAGGGGCCCCCCAAGAUGGAGGUGAGGGUGUCCUGCGUCCCCUCGCCGGGCGCCGAGCCCCAAGGGAUCAGGGUGAGAAUUCCAGAGCCCAAGAAACGCCCGGUCAGCCCACCCUUUCACCACGACUCGAUGCGAGCCAGGUGCCCCUCGGUCCCCGAGAAGGAUUUGUACAGGAAGACGGCGUCGUUGGAUCGGCGCGACAGGUAUCCGACCCUGUCCGGCGCCGAGAUCAAGAGGGGACUGAUCCCAGGCGGUGGGUUGGAGAUGGCCGCGCCGAGAAACAGGAGGAACCCUAUGCUGGAUCGGAGGAAUCGUUUCCCGACCAUAUCCGGGGCCGAGCUGAAGCGGGGCCUCGCGAUCGGCAAGUGCCCGCUGGAGGACGGGCUCGAUCUCAGCCUGGCACCCUGGCCGGGCAUGAAGUGGGCCUGCGUCAGGGUGUUGCACCUGUACUGUAAGGUGUUCGACCAGUUCGAGCUGUUCGAGCUGAUAGUUAGAAAGAACUGCACCAGUUGCAAGUGUCCCCGUGAGGCGCACGAUGUGUGCCACGAGGAAUGGGUGUCGGUCAGGUCUCGUUUGGGCCUGAAAGGCGAGGAAUCUUCGUGUCCGGUUACUUUCGACCCCAGGGGGAAGGGCCUCGCCUGGGCUCCUCCUGGUCUACCAGCUCACAAGGUGGAGGAAUACUUUUCCAUGCUACCGGAGAAAUCCGUGCCUAGGUUAGGUACGCCCGGAGAACGAUACAGGGAUCGACAAUUGGCAUUUCAGCUGCCUAAGCAGGACUUAGCCAGAGCUUAUUGUCGCCACUUGAAUCCGAAACAUGCCAGCAGUGCUGACGAUUUUAUGGCGGCAAGGAACGAGAUCGCGUUGGAUAUCGGAAGCGUACAGGAAGUGUUUGAGAGAGAUGUUGAUUGCGGUGCGUGCCAUACGCCAUUAAAAUACGGCACCCUUGCCGUAUCUGCGAGCAAAUUGGGUCUUUUAUACCAUCCUGCAUGUUUUCGUUGCACAGAGUGCAAGGAACUUCUCGUCGAUCUUGCUUAUUGCGUACACGACGACACACUAUUCUGUGAAAGACAUUAUGCCGAGCAGUUGAAACCGAGGUGCGCGGCUUGCGACGAGUUGAUUUUCAGUGGCGAGUACACGAAGGCGAUGAGCAAGGAUUGGCACAGCGGCCACUUCUGUUGCUGGCAGUGCGACGAGUCUUUGACCGGGCAACGCUACGUGCUGAGGGACGAGCACCCUUAUUGCAUCAAGUGCUACGAGAGCGUAUUCGCGAAUGGAUGCGAGGAGUGCAACAAAAUCAUCGGUAUCGAUUCGAAGGAUUUGUCGUACAAGGAUAAGCAUUGGCACGAGGCCUGUUUCCUGUGCAACAGGUGCAGAGUGUCCUUGGUGGACAAACAAUUCGGUAGCAAGGUGGACAAGAUCUACUGCGGGAAUUGCUACGACGCCCAAUUCGCCAGCCGUUGCGAUGGAUGCGGCGAGAUCUUCCGUGCCGGUACCAAGAAGAUGGAGUACAAGACCAGGCAGUGGCACGAGAAGUGCUUCUGCUGCGUGGUGUGCAAGAACCCGAUCGGGACCAAGAGCUUCAUCCCGCGCGAGCAAGAGAUCUAUUGCGCCGCGUGCUACGAGGACAAGUUUGCCACUCGAUGCGUUAAGUGCAACAAGAUCAUCACCAGCGGUGGGGUAACGUACAAGAACGAGCCGUGGCACAGAGACUGCUUCACCUGUAGCAACUGUAACAAUUCCCUGGCUGGCCAGCGAUUCACGUCUCGCGACGACAAGCCCUAUUGCGCCGAUUGUUUCGGAGAACUGUUCGCCAAGAGAUGCACCGCCUGCUCCAAACCGAUCACAGGCAUCGGCGGAACUCGCUUCAUCUCUUUCGAGGACAGGCACUGGCACAACGACUGUUUCAUCUGCGCGGGUUGCAAGACCUCGCUGGUCGGCCGCGGUUUCAUCACCGACGGCGAAGACAUCAUCUGCCCCGAUUGCGCCAAGAUGAAGCUCAUGUAAACGUUCGCCAUUCCGAUCGUGGAACAACAUCGGGCGAACAGGAAACGGACGAGAAGGAAGGGAGAGGGAAGAGGGGGGAAGGAGAAUUUGAAUCGAGGAGAUUCAUCAACGGUGUCCAGCUUGUAAUAACGCGAAUAUGUAUAAUAUAUAUCCUCGCUAAGAUUUUUGCCUUUGAAAGAAAAAAAGAGACUCCCCGCUUCGGGAAAAGGGAAAGUCUAGAUCAAUUUUGACGAUGAUCGAGUCGAGUUUGUUCGCCACCUCUGGAACAGAGAGGAUAUCGCGAUAAAAAUUACCGUAUUUCUCUUAUCUCCUCGAUAUUAUAUUUUCAGGAAAUAUAUAUUAUAUAUUAUACGUGUCCAUAGCAGUGAGAAAUGCUGUACUUUUUAUCGAAGGGGGAAAAAGAAAUAUAUCCUUCCGCAACAAUUUUUUCGAAACGGGUAAAACGGAUAAUUCUCUGUUCUUCUCUCUGGCACUUUAGUGCCGAGUUUUCGCGCGGCGAAAAUUUUCUCGAAGCGAAGGGAACGCGAGCUGACACGGGGGUACUUGCUAGCUUCGUAGUUUUUUAGAGGCCUUUUUUUUAGAUUCACAUUUGCGAUUCCGAUUGUUUCUUCCUCGCGCGAUUGAUCGUGAUCGAGGAGAGGCCAAAAGAACCGGGAUGUUAAACGGAAUGUCGAACGAGCGAAUAUAAAAUAUUCGCAGAAACUUCGUUGAAGAAAAAUUCGAGAAUCAAAUCGUCUUAAUUAACGUGGAUCGAGUUGUUGUAAUUGUAUCGAUUGGAGAAUGGAACGAAGCUACGUACUGUCGUGACGUUAUUUAACGCUAUUGUUUUUCUUCUUCUUCUUCUUUUCGCUUUGUACACAAUGAUAGAAAAGAGCGCGACGAGAAUAAACGCGAGGAAUAAAAAUGAAAAAAAUGAGAGGAAAAAAAAAAUAGAUGGAUCCUAUAUAUUCUUACGGAACUAAAUUUGAUAUAUGGAUAAUAUUACUUUUAUUUAACUUAAACUCACACGUAUACACACACACACACACACAUAUACACGAACACAAACACGAACAAUUAUACACAUACACAUCAACACGAUGCCUUUACAUGCGCGAGAAAACUACACCCUUUUCUCUCUCUCUCUCUCUCUCCCCCUAUCUCUAUCUCUAUCGCUCUGCGAUAUUGUACAGUAACACUCGUGCAAAAUUCGAGUAUAUAACGAACGACUAAUUAAAACGAUGGGGCUCGGGUGCAUAGUUGUUGAGAAUGAGUGAAAAAUGUUAAAGAUUCAAAAAGUUCGACACACGAGAUUUAAAUUUACGUUAUAGUCCAAAGAUUAUGAACUAAAUUUUUACCUUUCCUAUAUACCUUUCUAUUCUUAGAAUAAUUUUAACUCUUCACGCGAGCCCAAUUAUAUAUAUUCGCGAAUGCGCGAUAUAAGUUCGCGAGCAUUUUUGCAUCAACCACGUCAAAUUGAAUAAAAAUAAUAAAAAGUUCAAAAAAAAAAACAAUAAUGAUAAUAAAAUAAAAUAUACAACAGAAAGAGAAAGAAAAAGAAUCACACGCAUCUACACACGCAUGCCGGACGAGUGUGCUACACGCACACGCGGAAAAAAACACUAAUUGUGGCCUUAUCCGCACGAGUACAUAAAGAUAAAAAAAAGAAAAAAAAAACUAACGUUUUACGAGAAAUUAAUUAGUUGUUGAUA